AUGGCUGCUCCUAAUCAGAAUGCAGAUCCACGCAUGAAUACUAUCCUCACACCUGUUUUUAACAGGCCAAAUGCUGGCAUUGUUCCACCUGACCUUGGGAACAAUCAAUGGGAGCUCAAGUCCAAUAUUAUUCAGCUCGCUGAAAGAGAAAAAUAUGGAGGAGAGGAUGAUGAAGAUCCGCAUAGAUUUGUUGAUAGAUUUUUAAGAAUCUGUGAUUCCACAAAGCCUCCACAUGUUUCAGAUGAUGCCAUACGGUUGAGACUUUUUCCUUUUGCUGUUAAGGGAAAAGCUCUUGAUUGGAUGGAAAGACAACCUGCUGAAAGCAUUCUUACUUGGGAAAAUUUGUCUGAGAAAUUCUUUGCAGAAUUCUUUCCCAUGGAAAAAUACAAUAACAUGGUGAAUGAUAUCACAUCAUUUAAACAACAUCUGGGAGAGACCAUUUGUGCUUCUUGGAAUAGAUUUAAGGCUCUCAUGAGAAAGGUUCCUCAUUAUAACCUAUCUCAAGGCGAUCAGGUGCGGAUUUUCUUCAAUGGGUGUCUGCCUGAAACCAAAUUGGUUGUGAAUACUGCAGCAGGAGGUUCUUUGGGAGACAAACUAGCAUCUGAGUCAUAUAAGCUGAUUGACAAAUUGGCUAAGAAUGAGAAUGAGACAACCUCAAGGCUGGGAAAUAGAGGAGUGGUGCCAUUAAGUGAUCAUGAUGCAGUCUUGGCUGAGCAAAAAUUAUUGUCUCAGCAGAUGACUAAUUUCAAUACCAAAUUUGAGAGGAUGCAGCUUUCUAAAGUUCAAGCCAAUGAUGUUAAUGUUGAAUGUGAAUACUGCCAUGAGAAUCAUGAUACUAAUGCUUGUCCAACACUGAUGUCUUCAGAUUCUUCUCAACAACUGCAAGUAAAUGGUGUUUGGUAUGAUCAGCGUCCUAACCAGCAAAAUUACCAAAGAAGGAGUUAUCAAGGCACUGGUUUAGAUAUGAAAUCUGAUAAUUAUUUGAAGCCACCACCUAUUCCACGAAGAGAGCCUUCUGAUUUGGAGCGGUUAGUUGGAUUUUUGGCACAAAGUACUAAUGCUUUCAUGGAAGAGAGUAGAGCUAAUCAAAGAAGUACCAAUGCUUUCAUCGAGGAGAGUAGAGCUGAUGCCAGGAAUACCAAAGCUUCAAUUAAGAACCUGGAAAAUCAGAUUGGUCAGCUUGCCCAACAAUUGUCUGACAGAGCACCAGGUACAUUUCCUGGAAAUACUAUCACUGAUCCUAAGGAAGGUUGUAUGGCUAUCACCACCAGAAGUGGUAAAGUGGUGGCAUCUCCCCCAAAGCCUAUUAUGAUGAAGGAGGAGGAUGAGAAAGUUGAAGAGGUAGAGAAAUUUGAAAAAGAAGCUGAGAGUUCUCCAAAAGUAGUGAAGCCUGUUGUUGCUGGUAAACAGAAAGACCAACCUGUUGUUUCAAAAGAGAAGUUUGAGCUUAAUGAGGAAUAUCUUAUGAAAAUGGCACCUUACCCUGGAAGGUUGAAGCCAGAGCUGAAAGCAAAAAGCUAUGACAGGUUUCUUGACAUUUUUAAGAAGUUGCAUGUGAACAUUCCAUUUGCUGAAGCAUUGGCUAGUAUGCCAAAUUAUGCAAAGUUCAUGAAGGACCUUCUCUCCAGAAAGCACAAGCUGCAAGAAUGUCAGACAGUUGCACUUACUGAAGAGUACAGUGCCAUCAUUACUAGAAAGUUCCCUCCUAAGCUUCGUGAUCCUGGAAGCUUUAACAUUGAAAUUGAAAUUGGUGAAACAAAGGUUGGCAAGGCCUUAUGUGAUUUGGGGCAAGCAUUAAUUUGA